AUGGAGGAUCUAGGUAAAGCUGAGAACAUCAAGUUUGACUUUGGAGGUGGCAUGCUAGCGAGUACCCUGCAUGCCCAUCGUGUAUUGCAGUAUUUGCAGAACAACAAAGAGCAGGGACUUCAGCUAGAGGUUUUGAAAUCGCUGUACACACAGUACUUUGAGCAGCGCGCUCAUCCGAGCAGUACUGAGACACUGAAGAAGGCGUGUGUAGCAGCUGGGAUGAAACAAGAUGAAGCGGAGAAGUUGGUGGAAAACGGUGAUGAGGGGUUGAGGGAGACAAAGGCAGCGAUUCAGGAGCAGGCUGGGAAUGGUGUGGAUAGUGUGCCGUAUGUUAUGUUCGAGGGGAGGAAGAGGGAUUUCACGCUGAUUGGGGCGAAGAGUGUGGCGGAGUAUGAGAAGGUGUUAGGGCAGGUUGCUAAGGAGUGUGCGUAA